CAGUCUCCUCUUCUUGACCUCUCGCCCAGCCCAUUCCCACCCGUCGCCGAUCGCACUCGCAACCAGUAGCUGAAUCCGGGUCCUGGGAACCUAGCUAGCUCUCUCCAAUUGUACCUACAUCCACAUGGCAUCUGCCGACGCCGCAGCCGGGCGCCGUCGCUGCAUCGUGGUGGCCGUGGACGAGAGCGAGGAGAGCAUGCACGCGCUCUCCUGGUGCCUCGCCAACGUCGUCAGUACCCAAGACACGCUCGUGCUCCUCCACGCCCGGCGCCCGCAGCCCGUGUACGCCGCCAUGGACAGCGCAGGGUAUAUGAUGACUUCGAACGUGCUGGCGAGCAUGGAGACGCACGCCAACGCCGUGUCGGCGGCAGCGGUGGACAAGGCCAAGCACAUCUGCGCCACCACGCUCCCAAAUAUGAAGGUGGAGACGGUGGUGGAGGGCGGGGACCCGCGGAAUGUAAUCUGCGACGCGACUGACAAGAUGAGCACGGAUCUGCUGGUCAUGGGCAGCCAUGGAUAUGGCCUCAUCCAGAGGGCAUUCCUUGGCAGCGUAAGCAAUCACUGUGCACAGAACUGCAAAUGUCCAGUGCUAAUUGUCAAGAGGCCUAAGGAGUAACCCUAGCUCCAAUACUAGCUAGAGCUGAAUUAAUCAGUGCCGAACUAGUCGAUCGGGUUGAACGGUACAAGGAAGAACCUGUUUCCGCGCAGACAUUUAAUCUAGGCCGUCAAAAUCUUUGAGAUCUGUACUGUUUUCAGAUGUUUUUUUUUUCUUUGAGACCUGUCCUGUUUCAGAUGUUUAUUUUAGUAUGUCUCUCUUCCGGAAAUUCCAAACAGAGCUCGGGCGACAGGUAGCUCGCUUUCCCUGUUGUCCACCUUCUCGUGCUACCUCCGUUCCUUCUAUUACAUGUGGCUGCACGUUUUUUAAGCAUA